UAAUGUCAUGCCAGGCCGCAUUCAAGCGCAUGCGCUGUAUUCCUUAUCACACACAUACACGCUCAACUAGAAGAUUCCUCAGCUCUUGAAAAACCCUCCAGCCCAUGUCCUCUGUCCUGUGAAAUACUCGGCUUGGUUUAAUCCGUGUGUCUAGUCAGACCCUUUUAAUAGGAGCCUCAUCUCAAUGUCCGGGCACAACUGGAAGGGCUUGUGGGUUUAUCGAAAGAGAUAGGGUUUCAGGCGGCAGGCUAAACCCCUCGCGGCUUUAACUGCACCCGUCUGUCUUGUUAAAGUGGCUCAGAGUGGGAACGUGUUCCCCGUGUGUCACUCAGUCUGACGUCUCUCUCCUUUUUCUUCCUCGUCUCCCUUCUGUGUCUCCUUUCACUCCCUGUCCAUUCUCCAGCACGGACACGGCCCACCAUGGCAGCUCCGAGCGGCUCCGGCGGAGUCGAGGUUCUCCUCAACACGCUGCAGACCGCCGGAGACAAUGAAAGCAUGCUAAAGGUCCUCAAUGUCCUGGAUGAACUUUUGUCAGCAGGCACCGACAGACGGAUUCAUUAUAUGAUAUCGAAAGGAGGCAGCGAGGCUCUUUUGACGGCUCUGGUGAACUCCGCCCGUUGCCACACGCCCAGCUACACCAUCCUGCUACCUCUGCUGCACCUGCUGGCCAAGGUGGGCCACAGAGAUCGUCAGAUUGGUGUGAAGGCGGAGAAGACAGAUGCAGUGCUACUGGUCCUUGAUUUGCUAAGGCAGAAUGUAACAAACCCCAGGAGAGCCGCAGCCUGUCUUUGGGUUAUCCAAGUCUUCUGUUCUUCUGUGACCACGGCGGUCUUGAUGGGAAGGAACCGAGGGCUGUACGUGGUCUUCAAGCUUAUUUCUUCGCACACAACCAAGCACUUGCGUACUGUUAAGGCGGCCGUUGAUGCUUUUACGGCGCUGUUACGCUCAAAAGUCAACUGUCGGACUGCCGUUGCCAAAGGCUACGUCUCUGAUCUUCUGAAGCUCUAUGAAGACUGGCACAACAACGAUGCCAGCUUUGAGAACAUUCCUAUCCGCAGAGCCCUGUUGCAUUGUAUGCAUCGUGUCGCUAACACGAGUGCCGGAAGGGAGGCCCUGGUCGCCGAGGGUGGCAUGAGUCUUCUCUUCCAGACCACUCAGACCUUCUUGACUGUUAAAACUUUGGAGUCACUUGUGGAGCCCGCAGUCCAGCUAAUGCGGAAGUGCUAUCCCAAAGUCCCCAUUCCUGUGACCUCAGAUAAGAGUGUCUACAGCUUUCCUCUUCCUGGUAGGCCUGUCGAUGGCUGGGUCGCUGAUUUAGGACCCUACGAUGGCAGUUUAGAAGAUGACAGUGACGAGGACACGGAGAACGAGGAUCCAGACAAGGACUACGAGGAUGACCUGGAAACAGAUGUCAACAAGCUGCGUCCCCGUCCGGAGCCCGACAGACCCCUGGAGCAGCUGGGUCAGUAUGUGCGCCUCUGCCCCGAGCUGCACCAUGACUUCCAGGACUUGGAUUCCAGCUCUGAGCUUGAUGAAAGCUCAGAUGAAGAUGAGAAUUCUCGUGGCAGAAGAUCUCAAGCAGGCAAGGGGGAAUCCUUGUCACCCAACGGUUCGGAUUCUUCCAUCUCCCUUGGGGUAGACGACAAGAACCCUGGUUCUGAGGUAGAGCGCCAUCUCCAAACCAGAGAUUUUCAAAAACAUUACCUCAACUGUUCUGAGAACAGCCAAGAGGGCCAUAGUAGCAUGGUGGACAGGCUUUUGGAGAAGUAUGGGACCUGUAUUCCCAACCACGAUCCACGUCUGUACGCCUCCACUGCGUCCGAUACCAAAUCUAUUGCUGGAUACUCUAUCCUGGCUUUCCCUGACUUCUGGGGUCACUUGCCACCACAAAUACAGGAGCCCAUGGCUAAAAGACCACCACACGUUCAGAGAAAGAAAGUUUUCGAAGACAUCCAGCGUCUUCUCUCUACAGAGGACAUCAUCAACAAGGAUGUUUUCGACCUGGAAGAUCCGAGUCUGCAAGGUUCCACUGAAGGGUGUCCCAACUCCCUUCGUUUCUUUUCCAAAUUCGAGAGCGGGAACCUGCGGAAAGCCAUUCAAGUUCGCAGUCACGAAUAUGAUUUGAUCCUCAACGCCGAUGUCAACUCCUCCGCACACUAUCAGUGGUUUUAUUUUGAAGUCAGUGGUAUGGUGGCCGGAGUGCCUUAUCGAUUUAACGUCAUCAACUGUGAGAAAGGAAACAGCCAGUGUAACUACGGCAUGCAGCCUGUGUUGUAUUCUGUUAGAGAAGCUCUGGAGGGAAGAGCACACUGGGUACGAUCAGGCUCUGAGAUCUCCUAUUACAGAAAUCAUUUCUGCCCAGGAGGAGGUCAAAAUUCUCAGUUUUACACCUUGACGUUCACAGUGACCUUUCUUCACGAUGAUGACGUGUGUUACUUGGCGUACCACUACCCCUACACCUACUCCAACCUCCAGACCCAUCUGAAGAUGCUGGAGAAUUCGGUAGACCCACGAAAGGUUUUCUUUAGACGUCAAAAUCUCUGCGACACAUUGGCGGGGAACUCCUGCUCUUUAGUGACGAUCACAGCUUGCCCCGCUUCUAAAGCUUGGAAAGACCUGCACCAGCUGCGUAACCGGCCAUGUGUGGUGCUGACGGCGAGGGUUCAUCCAGGGGAGAGCAAUGCCAGCUGGGUAAUGAAGGGCACGCUGGAGUUCCUGUGCAGCGAUGAUCCUGUGGCAGAGAGCUUGAGAGAAGCCUACAUCUUCAAAGUUAUCCCCAUGCUCAAUCCUGAUGGGGUCAUUAAUGGCAAUAACCGUUGCUCUCUGAGUGCCGAGGAUCUCAACAGGCAGUGGCUAAAACCAGACCCUAUUCUGAGCCCGACGAUUUACCACACCAAAGGGUUCCUGUAUUACCUCAACAGCAUAGGCAGAACUCCACUGGUGUUUUGCGAUUACCACGGCCACUCCAGGAAGAAGAAUGUGUUUCUGUACGGCUGCAGUAUGAAGGAAACGCUGUGGCAGUCUGGAUCUACCAUUAACACAGCCUCCCUGAAAGAAGACCCGGGUUACAGGACCAUCGCUAAAACUUUGGACCGAAUUGCUCCUGCAUUCUCUUUCAACAACUGCAACUAUCUGGUGGAGAAGUCCCGGGCGUCCACGGCGCGGGUGGUGGUUUGGAGGGAGAUCGGAGUUCUCCGGAGCUUCACUAUGGAGAGCACUUACAACGGCUGCAAUCAAGGGAUCUACAAGGGUCUACAAACAGGGACGCGGGAGCUGGAGGAGAUGGGAAUGAAGUUUAGCCAGAGUCUCCUCACCCUCAGGAGGAACUCCAUCCAAUACAGCAGUCGUCUGAUCCACAACGCAUCUGCCCUGCUGGAUCUGGAUGACAGACUCCUGGACCACAAAUCCAAUAAUUGCUUCGAGGACGAUGAACCACCUUGCCCAGAGGAGAUCCAAUACUCAUCCUGCACUGACCUGUUUGGAGCUAAUGAUCUGGACACGGAGGUGAACGUUAACAUGUCCAGUAUUGAGGAGGAUGAAGGCAAGAAUGAGCGACGGCUUACCGACAGGAAGUCACAACAACUUCCUCACUUCCUGCAACAAGAUGCAAUGGAAACUUUAAGCAUCAAGAGUGGACAGUGUAACAACAUGGACAUCAGUAACAGAUACUUUUAUUGAAGUUAUAUUGUUUGUCUUAUCUGUUAUUUAUAUUUUCUAUCAAUAUAGAGUGUCUUGAGUGUUAGCUUGUCUUAAAGGAACAGUUCACCCAAAAAUAUUACUUAUCCUCAUUAUUUAUAUUAAUAUAAUAAAGUAUUAUAACUUUUGUGAUUGUUUAUUUCUUUUAUGGAACACAAGGCAUAACUUAUUGAGUAGUUGGAUUCAUUACUUACAUCUCACUUUAGCACGUAAUAAAGCACUUAAAGAGAUAGUUCACCCAACAUUUUUUAUUCUGUCAUCAUUUACUCAUCCUCUCAUCAUUUCAAACUUGUUUGACUUACUUACACAAACACAAAAGAAGAUAUUUUGAAGAAUGUCUGUAAUCAAUCAACGGCGGUACCCAUUCACUUCCAUUGUAUGGACACGAAACCAAUGGGUGUCAAUGGGUCUUUGUUCAUUUACCAAGUUUUUUCAAAAUAUCUUUUGAUUCAUGCAUGUUUGAAAUGAUACAUUUUUGGUGAACUAUCCCUUUAAAGUUUCUGUGCUUUACUGAUCAUUUUAAGCUUCUUUAAAAAAACAAUCAAUAUUUUGUAUUCUCAAACAGCAAGACAAUAAUUUAGGUUUAGAACAACAACUCCAAAUGAUCACCAUUUUUGGGUGAACUGUUCCUUUAAGGGUCAUAUCAAAUUAGAUACCGAGGUCUUGAAUCACAGAAGGUAACAUGAGGUUUCAAAAGUCACGUGUGUUCUGCGAAUCUAAGAUGAUGUAUGUAAUGUGCAGAACAACACUUGAACAGUAAUUCACAUUCGUGUACUCGUAAUAAUAUGAUAUGCCAAUCGUUCGGUCUUUGCAAUGUUCCAGCUCAAAUCAUGACAACAUUAUGGGUUGUUUACAGCUGAGUAGCUUACUGAGAAAUGCAAGAGUCUCUGUUACAUAACAGGAUAUGUUAGCACUGCAGAUGAAGUUUACUUUUAAUAAUAUUUAUUAUGUUAACGUUUGAACAUUUUUGUUUUCGGUACGUUCUAUUUUUCUAACUAGUUUAGAGAGUAAAACAGUUAUUUAACUUAUAUUAACAUACACAUAGUUAAUUAAUACAAUGAAUAUACAAUAAAAUAUUAAUAUAAAUUAACAUGAAUAAACAUUUUCCAGACAGGGAUUUUCUUAAAACAGGACUGGGCCUUGUUUUUCCAAAAAACAUUACUGGUGUGCAUCUUGAGACAAAACAAUCUUACUGAUAUAUUUUAAGAUAUUCAGUCUUUUUCGAUGAAAACAACUCUAACAUUUAAAUUAGUCUGGGUCUAGUCCAGGAAACCGCCCCCAAAUUUAAACGACUUGUAUCCAAACACAGACCGGACGUAAACUUCGGGCUCACUGUUCUGAUGAAACCGUCUUUAACCUCACAGAUAUUAUUACAUAUAAUUCAUUGUUGGUCCAUUUUAGAGCACAUAUUGAAAGAGUAAAACGAGAUAGAUGCUUUAUUUGACUUAACUCAGUCUGAAAUAAAGGUUGUUUGUGGUCUUUUCUUAUCCUAUCAAAGUAUUUUAUAUCUGCAUUGCUUCAAAAAAAUCAUUACAAAAAAUGAAGCAUGCACAUGUAAACCUCAGAGUGUUUUACAGAACCUUCGAAAAAAUGAACAGCCUCGCUACAAAGAUUCAAGUCAGUCCAUUUUCAAAUUCAGCAGCCAAUCAGAAGAAUCAGAAGAAAGCAAUUAAAUGCUGACACUUUUAGCUCGAAGGGAAAUCUGCCAUUGCAUAUUAACCACGGCUUUAACUUCUGUCUAGAUGGAAGAAGAAAGAUUGCAACACUGUUUAUGCAAUUAAAUUCAUCAAACUUUU